AGAAAUCACUGCAGCAGAUAAAGUAGAGAUGCGUCACAUUCUAGUCCGCAGAAAACAUAGAUUUCCCGAAGAGGAAGAGGAAGAGGAAGAGGAAGAGGAAGAGGAAGAGGAAGAGGAAGAGGAAGACGAAGACGAAGACGAAGAUCCUUUGCAUUGCAGUUUCUGGGAGGGAGAGAAAGAGAGACAGAAAGAGAUGCAAUUUGAGGCUGUUCGGCUGAGCAUUUUUUCAAGUAGUUUUGAAGUUAAAAAUUGUAAAAUCUUUGUUUUCUUUUGAGCUUAAAUUUGUUAGAGGGAAACUUGAUUUUUAGUAAAAUAAAGUAAUUUUCUAAGU